UUUUUGCAGGAGGAGAGAUUGCGUUUGGAUAUUUAGCUGCUACAGAUUUAUGCUGUAUACUCAUUCUGCGUACAUAACCUGAAGACCUAUAUUGUCCAGAACUCUUGGUAUAAAGGUUGCUGCAGCCCUUUCUACCAUGCCUGCCUUUACUCACAUUACCCAGAAUGCUGUAGCUCAUUCAGAAAAAGCCCAUCCCACCUUUGAGCAAAUGGGGUCAGAACGAGAGAUGAAAGAUGACAUUUUUGACGCGACGUAUCGUGAGAAAGAGGGUCCUAAGCCUACACCAAGAUACGUCUGGAGGAACAUUAUUCUCAUGUCUGUUCUCCAUCUGACUGCUGUGUAUGCCAUCUGGUUCAUACCUUCUGCAAAGCUACUCACUUUGGCGUGGGCUCUUUUGUGCUUCACCUUGGCUGGUCUUGGCGUUACAGCUGGAGCACAUCGGCUUUGGAGUCACAGGUCUUACAAAGCUACGUUACCUCUUAGAAUAUUCUUGACUGUAAUCAACUCCAUGGCUUUCCAGAAUGAUAUUUUUGAGUGGGCCAGAGAUCACCGCGUGCACCACAAAUUCUCUGAGACGGACGCAGAUCCCCACAACGCAAAACGGGGCUUUUUCUUUGCUCAUAUUGGCUGGUUGUUGGUCCGCAAACAUCCUGAUGUCAUCGAAAAAGGACAGAAGCUGGACUUGUCUGACUUGAAAGCUGAUCAAGUUGUGAUGUUCCAGAGGAGGCAUUACAAGACCUCAGUGGUACUCAUGUGCUUCUUGCUGCCUUCCUGGGUUCCUUGGUAUUUUUGGGGAGAAACUUUUCUCAUCAGCUUCCUGAUGGCCAUUUGUCGCUACACUGCAACCCUCAAUGCCAGCUGGCUGGUGAACAGCGUGGCCCACAUGUAUGGCAAUCAGCCAUAUGAUCGUCACAUCAACCCCAGGGAAAAUCCCUUCGUGGUUUUUGGAGCUUUGGGGGAAGGCUUCCAUAAUUAUCAUCAUACUUUCCCCUUUGAUUACUCAACAAGUGAAUAUGGCUGGCGGUGGAAUGUCACUACGAGUUUUAUUGACCUUAUGUGCUUUCUUGGAUUGGCCAGUGACUGCAAGAAAGUGGCCAAGGACACCAUCUUGGCUCGAAAAAUUCGGACUGGUGAUGGAAGCCACAAGACUGGCUGAAAAAUUGGUUUCCCCUGACCUCUCUUUUCUCCUU